AUGUUGUCUGUCUUCGGUGGCAUGGCCGCCAAAGUCGGCAAGAUGACUGGACGUACCUCCGCACCACUCGACCAGCAUCAAGUCACAGAGCAUGGCGCCGUCGACAACGCAGAGCACGGCACCGCUGAUAAUGCAGACCAUGGCACCGUCGGCAACGCAGAGCAAGUCGCCGUCGGUAACGCUGAGCACGUCACCCUCGAUGAGACUAUCCAAGGCAACCAACGCAAUGCCACCGCUGAUCCCGACCUGGGAGAAGUGGUCGGAGAAAAUGCCCUCCCAGAGAUAGACUUCGCGAGACUCAACUUUCGUCACUACAACCGCAUGAUGAGACGCAUGUUGGUCGAGCUUUCGGCCUCCGCAGGCGGAAGGCGUGUCGACCAAAACAUUGCUUUGUUCCAGGGCCUCCUCGCCGCACGUGGUCUGCCAGAGGCUUUGUACGUUCUCCGCAGAUUGGACAACUGGCCUGGCUUGACUGAGCGCGUGCGUCAACUGCCUAGCCACGCCGCCGCCCAGGACGCCGCCCAAGAUACCGCCGCCCAGGACGCCGCCCAGGACACCGCCGCCCAGGACACCGCCGCCCAGGACACCGCCACCCUGGACGCCGCCCAGGACACCGCCGCCCAGGACACCGCCGCCCAGGACACCGCCGCCCAGGACACCGCCACCCUGGACGCCGAUGAAGAAGAUGGUGCUCCUACCCAUGCAAUGUUCAUGGCCCCGCCCAAUGCAACAAGCACUAGUGCAGAGUGGGCUGCCUGGGAACAGGUGCGCGAGGCCCAGCGCCUCAAGUUGAGCCCCAUGCGUGCAAAAUUCCUCGACAGUUUGAACAUCGAUGACGCCGAUGACAAUGUCACCACUCUUGACACAAUGAAAGGCCACCUCGACCCUGUCGUAUACAAGCGCUUGUCGCAGCUCGGCUACGUGAAGUUAUGGAAACCGCAACGCAACCUGAUUACAAGCUUGAAGAGAAAUUCACACACCAUCACCCAUGGCUGCCCUGGAAUGGGCAAGUCACUCGCAUCAGCAAUGUACGCUGUGAAUGCAGUAUCGGCCUGGUUCAACGAGCAUCCCGAACAACGCCUGCGCCGACAGCUGCCCGCAAUGCCACUGGUUGUAAUCAUUGUUCCCUCACACGAGCUCGGCGUCCAAGUUCUUCGCGAUUGCCAGGACAUUGCCUCUGGCAAAGACAUCGAUGUGAAGAUCGCCGCUGCCUAUGGCGGUGCCGACUACGCUGAGAACUACUGGAUGAUCGAAAAAGGCUGCGAUAUCCUCGUGGGCAGUCCAGGCCGCAUCACACAUCUCCUCGCUGAUGGUGCAGUCGUUUUCUCUCGCACGACUACAAUUAUCGUGGAUGAGAGCAACUCUCUCGUGUCGUCACAAAACACCCUGCGACACGUCAACAUGAUCUUGUAUCAUCCCUCCACAACGGAGCAAACAAUGUUCCACUUCAUCGAUGUGGACUUCACGCAGGAUGCCAGGGAGAUUGUUUGCGGUCUGGCCCGCAAUGCAAAGGCCAACAGCAACAGCAUCCGCUGCACCACCUAUGGCUUCUACGUGCGCGAGACCAUUGACGUUGACGAGUGGUGGAGACGCAUUCCUCUCCUCGAGAAGGAGGCCGAAUGCGUCUCAAUGGUAGUCGAGGAACAGUCGAAGUUUGACUCUCCAGACGCGACCAUUCUGAUCUUGGUGCAGCGCAAAGUUUCGACGACCGCCCUUGCAGACGCCCUAACAACUGCAGGUGUCGUGCGUGUGGCCGCCACCUCAAGCAACGAGUCUCAAAUCAACCGUCAAAGCAUACAAGACAGUUUGAUUCGUGGAGAUAUCAAAGUCGUCGUCGCGACUUAUGGUACCUUCUCUCGCGGCUUGAACAUCCCCGGAUUGGCUUUCAUCAUUCACUACGACGUGCCUGACAAGCUCUACAUGUACAGCCACUCAUCCGCCAGAGUGGGCAGAGAUGGCGGCAGAGGCAAGAUUGUCAAUUUCGUCUCUACUGCACAGGACGCCGAGGUGAUGCAGUCGUACAUCGACAACUUCAUGCGUGCCAAAGGCACCAGUCUGAAGGUCGACGACGAAACCAUACCAUGGGAAGACAAGAAGGCUGCUAGAUUCGCCCGCGCCAUGUAUAACGCACGCGAACCUCAGCUGACCGUCGAGCAAGCCAUCACCGAAUGGAAUGUGUAUGAGGCCAAGACAGUCGUUCGCAUGGCUGGUCGUGGUCGUUACGAUGCUAGCGGCUGCGCUGCUCCUGAGAUCGCUGUUCCUGAGAUCGCUGUUCCUGAGAUCGCUGUUCCUGACAUCGCUGCUCCUGACAUCGCUGCUCCUGACAUCGCUGCUGUCGAUGGCGCUGGCGGUGAUCAUGGCGGCGGUAACAACGGCCGUGGCCGUGGCCGUGGUCGUGGUAGCCGUGGUCGUGGUGGCCGUGGUCGUGGAGGUCAUGGGGCCGCCAUGCUUGAUACUGUUGGUGGCGACAAUGGCCGUGGACGUGGUCACGGUGGACGUGGUCGCGGUGGACGUGGUCGCGGUGGACGUGGUCGCGGUGGCCCUCGCAACAACAACUAG